CGUAUGGAAUUAAAUCACCGAAAGGAGGGAUUUUAGCCCCCAAUCAACAAACCCAGACGCUUCUAAUGUCGAAACGCAACGCGCCGCCGCCAAGACCGCUAAUAAAACAGCACUCGUGGUCGCCGGACGCCGAUCGCGAAGAGGCGUGGCUUCGUAGGAAAGGCAAACGCCAAUCAGAUCGACUCGGUCGGAGCAAGAGCGUGACGGACGAAGAUCUAGAAGAGCUCCGAGGCUGCAUCGAGCUUGGUUUCGGAUUCGAGCCUGAUUCUCAAGAUUUGGAUCCGAGGCUCAACGAAACUCUCCCAGCUCUGGGGUUAUACUGCGCGGUGAAUAAACAGUAUAGUAGUAGUAGGUUGUCACGGACUUCGUCUCUUUCGUCGAUCGCGUCGGAAGGUGACGUAAGCAAUUCGAGCACGACAGUUGUUGAUCAAGGUGAUGAUCCGGAGACGAUGAAGAUAAGGUUGAAGCAGUGGGCUCAGGUGGUUGCUUGUUCUGUGCGGCAAUUCUCCGGCGAACCAAAUUGAUGUAAUAAAAAUGAUUGUUGUCUUAGAAGAAUUAUUGUUUGUUUGUUUGUUCUGAUAUGGUUGUACAGAGGAAUGACAUUUUUGUGAAAUAGCUGUGAUUCUUAGAAAUUCAAAUUUCAUAAAUUUAAUACUAUGGUUUAACCGAACUUAUAAUGAAUUUAAUUUCUUCUAUC